AUUAAUCAUAUAGUACAUUUGAGCAAGGACACUUCCACUGUUUACGUGAUCUUAAAAUAGUUACACACAUUUUUAAGGUUUUGUCAAUUUUCAAGUAAUCGUAAAUUUUGUUUUACAUGCGAGAAUACUGCAAAUCUUCAGAAAAUUAUGAAAACUAAAAGAAUUAAAUCGAAAUUGAAAACUGAUGGAGAAUUUAUCCCACCUGAUGGAGGAUGGGGUUGGAUGAUUAUUUUUGCCGCUGGUAUUUCUAAUCUAUCAACAUUACCCAUUCUCCAGCAAUUUGGUCUGCUAUGCAGAGACAAACUCGCUCGUCUCGGAAUCUCCAGCUCAGAGACAACGACCAUUUUGAACAUGAAUUUCGCAAUGACUUCUUGCGCUGGUCUGAUCAAUGGUCCUAUGUUUAAAACAUUCAGCUAUCGACAAGUUUCAUUAACAGGGGCAAUAAUUGUAUUUAUUUCGCUCAUGCUAACUACAUUUUCCUACAAUUUUAUCACUUAUCUAGUAUUUUUCUCUAUACUAUAUGGUUUUGGAUAUGGCAUUAGUAGUUCAGCUAAUGCUCUUGCAUUAAAUACCUACUGGAAAGAUCGAAGAAGGUUAGCAACUGGUCUAUCUUGGACCAUAACUGGUUUGGGUCCUGUGGUGUGGCCACACAUAGUAACAACAUUAUUUGUUGUAUUCGGAGAAACAGGAACGGUCCUCAUAUUAAGUGGAAUAUCAUUGCAUGCGAUAGCAUGUGCACUUUUAUUACAGCCAAUUGAAUGGCAUAGUGAAAAACCUAAUGCAAAAGAAGCAACAAUUUUCAAAUUAGAUCAUGAUAAUAAAUCAUUACAAAAUGAAAAAACUUAUUUAGAUGAAAAUAAACUAAAAGAAAGUGGUUAUGAUAGCCCUACGAAAAAUAAUUUAAGCGCAUUUUCAAGUCAAUAUCUUUAUAACGAAAAGCAUCCGAUUAACGCUGGUAUUGAAAUAAUAGACCCUGAAAUACCAAUUUCAGUGUGUCCUAGUGACAGUCAAUCAAUACAAUCCAGAAGUAGACUGUCCUCUAUAGAUGCCUCCGCGAAGUAUACUCGUCAAAAUUCAAAGAAACAUUCAGUAACAAAUUUAUCACGAUGUCGAUCUCGUGAAUCAUCAAUAUUGAACCUAAAAGAAUUAAAAAUUAAUUCUACUGUAGAUCUUGGAGCUUAUACUAAUGAAAACGAUAAGUUUUCAAACUCUAUAAAAUUAAAUAUGCAAAUUCCAGAAUCAGAAAAAGAGGACUUAAUAGCUUCCCAAAAUUCAAAGAUCUAUGUAAAAGCAAUUGUUGAAAAUAUCGAUUCAAAUAAAGUUAAAGAUAUUGAAAAUAGGUCUGCAAAAAGUAUUAAAUCUCUUAUAAUGAAUGAGCAACAUGAACAAAACUAUUCACAAGAUAGUUAUAACAAUAUAGAAAAUGAUAGUAAUAGACAUUUCCAGGAAAUUUGUAAUAAUCAAUCAUAUAAUACCAAACACAGAAAAAAUUCUAACAAUUUUAAUUACGAUAAUGAACUUUUAAAACAAGCUUCAGUAAAAUUACAAUAUUUAAAAGAUAAUAAUUAUAUUGACAACAUUAAUUUGCUGUCUAAAAAUAACAAUACAGAAGAUAAAAAAGAGAUUGAAGAUAAACAAGACAUUACUGAAGAAAAGGAAUUGACUUUUUCUGAGAAAAUUUACAUGUAUUUCGAUUUGGAUCUUCUAAAAGAUUUUACAUAUAUUAAUCUUAUGUUGGGAAUAACAUUAUCCAAUUUCAAUGAACUAAAUUUCUCAGUACUAACGCCUUUUAUUCUUGGUGACCAUGGUUUUUCAAAAACUGAAGUAGCUUAUUAUAUGUCUCUUCUGGCUGGUAUUGAUAUUUCUGUUAGAUUUUGCACACCAUUUGUGGCUAGUAAAAUAGGAUGGGAUAACAAUACUUUCUAUCUCAUAGGAGUUAUAUUUAUGGCUAUGGGGAGAGUAGUUUUAGCCCACUUUGAAUCCUACAACGCGAUACUCCUCGUAGCAGUUAUUGUAGGCUUUGGCAAAGGUAUGAGAACAGUGUUCAUGGCCUUGGUUUUACCUACUCAUGUACCCCUUCACAAGUUGCCAGGAGCGACCGGCCUUCAGCUAUUGACUGCUGGAAUAGUCUACCUUACAUUAGGACCGGUUGUAGGUUGGAUCAAAGACAACGCAUCCACAGCUGUGACGUUGCAUUGUCUUAAUAUAUUCACAUGGUUGACCGUCUUGUCAUGGACUCUAGAGAAAUACUACAGAUCAAGGAAACAAAGUGCUGAUACAACAACUGGAUCUACUUGACUUUACUAAUUUAUCAUAACUUAAAAUUUCUUAAUGCAUCUUAUAUUUUUAUAAAAAAGAGUAUUUUUUAUUAUAUACAUAUAUAUCAUCUGCAGCUGCUAAUAUUAUCAUAUAAUAUUAUAUAUUAUACAUAUAUAAGCUAUUUCUAACAGAACAUUACGUGUCAAUGUGUUUAAACCGAUAGGUUCCUAUCUUAUAUAACACUGAUCUGAAUUUAUCUAUAGAUUUAUCUUUAUGUACUCGUAAUUGGCAGAACCUAUUAAUAUACGGUUCAUUGAAUUAUAACGGUACGAAUAUAUCAUGUAACAGAUAUAGUAUUGGUAAUAUAAGUGAGCUAUAAAUAGCUCUUUGGAAUAGAGAAAAAGAACUUUAUUUUUUUAUAUAUAUAAAAUUAAGCAAUAAAUUAAAAUUUUAUUAUUAUAUCAAUAUAUUGAUGAUUUAUAUUUCUCAUAAAAAAAUACUAACUAAAAACAUUGCUUAAUAACCCAAAAUAAUAUUUAUAAAUUUGUGAACCUAACGGACAUUUUUUUCUGUUUACAGUAAAAUAUGUACCUUUUAUACUAUUAUGUUUAAACCGCACGUGAUAGCUUUUAUAAAUUUUAUUUAUAAUUUAAGUAUUCAAUCACGUAAUGUUAUUUAAUAUAUUUGUACUUUGUUCCACUAUAUUUAUUAAAAUGUAUUUAUUAUUUAUAUAUACAACGAGUUUUGUAACGUCGUUCUCUGUACUUAUUUAUCAAUCAACGUUUAAAAUUUCAGUAUUAUUAGAUUGUUAUUAAUGUGAUUGUUGUUCUCAAAUUAUUAUUGUUCUUUAAUUUACACACCAGAAAUAGUAAAAGUCGGCAAUUGCAAAAAAUGUAAUUAUCAUACCAAACAUUAUGCGUAGAUAUCUUAUUCCAAACCAAUUAAUUAUUGUUCCAUACAUCCAUAGCAUUAGAUAACUGAUACAUUCUUUAUAUAAAUCUCCGACCAAUAUAUUUUUGUACUUGUUAUAGCUGUAUAUUUGUUAAAAUGACGGUAGAUGUAAAAUUUUAAACACCAAAAUAUUUGCAAGCAAAGAUUUUCUUGUUCAGGUUAUUGCAUUUUGCCAUUCUAAACUAUUGUGCCUUUGCCGUUCCUACUUCACUUAUGAAAAGACUGAGGCGCCUUUACUUACAUUAUUUUUUUAAGUAGAUAGAUUUACCAAAAUCAUAGAACUAAUUUAAUUUGACAAGAAAAUACUAGUGUCAAUAUUAAUAAUAAUACAACUUUAUUAACAAAUACAGGGUUCUCAAUAAGAACGAUCCAUUCAUUUGUUACUUAAUUUUUUCGUUCAUUCAUGUACUUGUAAUUUAUUUGUCAUAUUGUCUCACUAUAUAUUCUCUAAAGUCAACGAACGAACAUAAAUUGAUUUAUUUUUAAAAUUCUAUAUUAUAUCUUUAAUCCUGUUAAAAUAUAAUAAAUAUUGGUUCAGAAUAUUUGUAAUUACACAUAAAAAACGAUACAGGGAAAAUUUAAAUCUAAGCAGAUAGACAGAAUAAAUAAAAAUAGGUUAAAAUAUCAUUAACAACAAUUUUGUAUAAUGCAAAGGUUUAUAUUGCAACUAGAAGUGUUUUAAGAAAAUAUACUUUUUAUUAAAAUAGGUUCUGAAAUAAAUUUGUAGUUUCUUACAUGUUUUCGCAAUUUACAACGAUUAGUAAAUAUAAAAAUUGCCGAUAAAUAUAAUACGAAAAAUAAAAUUAUUUUAAUU